AUGCAAUCUUUGCAAUCCCUUCAAGUGGCUAUUUUCUUUUCUCUAUUUAUCAUCUCAGCUUCAGAAAACACCAACACAGCCAGAAAUCCCAAUAGCGCUACCGAAACACCUGACAUGGUAGUGGACUUUAUGUACGACAACGAUAUACAGCUUUGGCAUAUGAUAGUGGGGGUCACAGCCUUUUUAAUUUUCGAUUUUUUGCUUUGUUUUACCUGUAUCAAAUUUUUCAAGGCCCACUGAAAUAGGAAGCUCCAACAGAAUAAUUUGACGGAAAAGCUGAUGGAUAGAAGCGAGAUGGUCCGGACAAGGUCGUGGAUACCCGGACAUGGGAGGACAAAUAUCCAUCCUGUGAUGGGAUUCCAUUUUCCUAUGAACUUGUACUCAUUUCCACAGAAGCAAGCUAUUUAUGAAGAUUUGAUAAAGCUACAGUAA